AUGGCUGGAGAAGCUCGAGACAUUAAAUGUCAAAUUUAUGAAAAGGAAAGGAAAGAUAGUAAAUCCAUGUUCGGAACAUUGAUCAAAUGUGCGAAGAAAUCAAAUCGGGAUGCAGCACAAUCAAG